AUGACAACAGAGAAAUCAAUGCAGACCAUACGUUAUGAUACAUCAUCACGUCUUCAUAUUAUUGUCUUAUAUUUACUUAUUGCUAGUUUAACUAUAGCAUGGGGAAUUUAUUUUGUUCAUUUUUCACAUAAUAUGCAAACACAUAUGGAAACAAGUUUUACAGAAUUAAAUAUUAUGAAAGAAAGAUUAGAAACACUUGAAUCGACACAAAUAACAAUCUCGGCGAAUGGUAAUGGUUAUGAUAUAUUACGACGUCAAUCAAGACAUGCACGCAUCAAAACAAAAGCAGUUAAUAAUAAGCAACAAAAACAAAAACAAGACCAGCAACAACAACAACAACAACAACAACUUUCAGAUAUUCUUUCUGGCUCAAUUCACUUUAAAGUACCCCCCUUGGCAAUGACAACAUUUUGUGUCAAAUCCGUCGAUCAUUGCAAAAAAUUAAUUACUGAAAAUGAAGAACUACGCGGUCCUAAAGGUGAUCGUGGAGAACGUGGUUAUAAUGGCUUGCCUGGUAUGCCUGGUAUUGUUGGACCACCAGGACCACAAGGGCCAAUUGGUCCUUUAGGCUAUACAGGAGCAACAGGUCUUCAAGGACCUAAAGGUGAUCCAGGCCAAUCGAUUCGAGGUGAACAAGGUCAUCAAGGUCUUAUGGGACCCCCUGGAUUUCCAGGCCCACGUGGUGAAAUGGGUGCACGUGGUGCACCGGGUGUCUGUACAUGUCCUCGACCAUCAUAUCCAUUUCAAUCACAACCAUCUUAUGCAGUAACCGUUCCACCAAGUUCAGAUCAAAAGCCAGAUUCUUCUCGACGUGACGGAUGUGUAUUUUCAUUUAUUGGUACACCUGUUCUUCUCAAACAAGAUAACACUACAUUUGGUGCUUGGUUUAAAGAUCCCAUGCCUAAAACUGCAAAUGGUGCUCAAAAAGUUUAUGUAACACGACAUGCUACGGGUACACAUUUAUAUGAAUUUAACACUGAGGCUGAUCUUAUGAAUGAUAUACCAAAUCGUAUCAUAACAUUACCAUAUCCAUAUUCAGGUGUUAAUCAUGUUGUUUAUCAAGGAAGUUUCAUCUAUAAUGUUUUAAAUAAAAAUACAAUUAUACGUAUUGAUCUUAUAUCUGAAACAGAAGCACAACAUGUUGAAAUUGCAGCUAGUCGUGAACCAUUAUACAAUACACCACAAUCAGGUUGGUAUGAUUUUUCAAUUGAUGAAAAUGGUCUUUGGUUAUUAUAUCGUGAACAACAAACACGAAAUUUUAUAGCAGCUAAAAUCAAUCCAGAUACAUUAGAUACACAAAAAAUGUGGAUUUUACCAUAUAAUCCAUCAAGUUUAAGUCAAGGUUUUAUUGCCUAUGGAGUUUUUUAUGGUGUACAACAUUAUAAUAAACAACAAUCAUAUAUUGAUACUGUUUAUGAUAUUUAUUCAAAUUUAGCAUUUACAACAAUGAAAAUACAAUUUGCUGUACCAUUUCAAUAUUUAGUACAAUUAACUUAUAAUCCAUAUGAAGGAAAAAUAUUUGCUUGGGAUAAUAAACAUUUAUUAUAUUAUGUUUAUAAUGUUCAACGUGACAGAACAUUUAAAUGUUAA